GAAAAAAACACAAGAAAACAUGAAAAAUCUUAGGAUGUUUUCUAUUCUGGUUUCUAUGUUAGCGUUGGUGUUCAUGAGUGAUAUAACUGAAACGGUUCCGGUUCUUGCUCAGGCACCAACGCUAGGGUUUGGUGGCGGUGGUAAUAAUAGCACAGUAGUGCCUGCGAUGUUUAUAUUUGGGGACUCGCUCAUUGAUAACGGCAACAAUAACAACUUGUUUUCAUUUGCCAAAGCCAAUUAUCCUCCUUACGGGAUUGACUUCAACAACAAUCCGACUGGCCGGUUCUCUAAUGGUUACACUAUUGUUGAUGCGAUUGCGCAGCAACUGGGACUACCCAUGAUUGCAGCUUACUUAGAAUCGCCCAACAUUAACCAAAUGCGCUAUGGAGUCAAUUAUGCCUCAGCUGCUGCUGGUAUUCUUGAUUAUACUGGCCAACAUUUUGUGGAGCGCAUCCCAUUCAACCAGCAGAUUGACAAUUUUGAGCAAACAAAGAAUCAAUUGUCAGGAAACCUGAGUGCAGAUGUGGUGGCACAGGGUUUAUCAAAGAGCAUUUUCUUUGUGGGAAUGGGUAGCAAUGAUUACCUCAACAACUACUUCAUGCCUGGUUACCCUACCAGUUAUAUCUAUGAUCCUGACCAAUUUGCUGCCCUCUUGAUCCAACAAUACACCCAGCAACUCACUAGACUAUACACACUUGGAGCUAGGAAAUUUGUGCUGACUGGGAUAGGGAAAAUGGGAUGCAUUCCCACAAUGCUGGCCAGAGCAGAUAAUGGUCAGUGCUUAGAGUCAGUGAACCAAGCAGUCCUUCCAUUCAAUGCCAAUGUGAAGCUAAUGAUCAACAAAUUCAGCACCACACACCCAGAUGCCAAGUUUGUCUUCAUCGACACUGACAAAAUGUUUCAACAUAUUAUGAACAACUCCAAAAAAUAUGGGUUUAGUGUGUUCGACCGAGGGUGUUGUGGGGUGGGGAAGAAUUCAGGGGAGGUGACGUGUCUUCCAUUCGAGACGCCAUGUCCCAACAGAAAGCAAUACCUUUUCUGGGAUGCAUUUCACCCUACAUCUGCAGUCAACGUUUUACUUGGGAAUUUGGCUUUCAAUGGAAGUAAUUACUUGGUUUAUCCUAUGACCAUCCUACAGCUUGCCCAAAUUUGAAGCACUUAUUUAUGGGCUCAACUUUAAUUUCGAUCUAGACUAUGGUUAUGUCAAGACUCUCUUGUAGUUUAUUGGUAUCCAUCCGCUCUCAUAAUUUUAUA